UGCGAUUAAGUACUUAAUUCAGUGAGUGAGACAUUAGUGUGCAUGCCAUUGUGAUUUGUGAGAGCUAGCUAGCUCGGAAUAAAGAACGCGGUUUCUGUGGGUAGCAGAUGGGGAGAGUGCACCCUUGCUGCUCGGAGGAGACGAAGAAGCUGAGGAAAGGGCUGUGGUCACCGGAGGAGGACGAAAGGCUCGCCUCCCACAUCGCCUGCUUCGGUGUCAGCUGCUGGAGCUCCAUCCCCGAACUUGCAGGCUUGCAGAGGUGCGGCAAGAGCUGCCGGCUGCGGUGGAUGAACUACCUGCGGCCGGACCUCAAGCGCGGCCGCUUCUCGCAGCGGGAAGAAGAACUCAUCGUGGCUCUCCACAGAGCCCUUGGCAAUAGCUGGUCCCAGAUCGCUGCGAGGCUGCCCGGGAGGUCGGACAAUGAGAUCAAGAACUUCUGGAACGCGCAGCUGCGCAAGAAGCUCCGGAAAAAGGAGGCGUCCACGGCCGGGAGCAAAGACACCGCCGCGAGCAGCAACCGCCGCCGUGGCGAGGACGACCAGAUAAAGGCGGCGCCGACGGUGUUCAACCCGUUCUCGGCUCGUGACGACCAGUCGCACCAUGCCGGCCACGUCGCCGGUGCUGAUGCCGGAAGCAGCUGCCACGAAUCCUCCGCUGCCGGCAGCGCCGCCGUCGAUGCAGCCGCGGCGACAGGUGGUGGCGCGGUCCUUGCGGACACUAACCGGAAUGCGGUUGCUGCCGAGUCGGUGACGCCGUCGCCGACGAGCACGAGCACGGAGGCGUGGGGCAGCGACGACGGGCUCUUGAGGGCGAUGGUCGACGACACCUGCUGCUUCCUCCUCGGGGACUUGUACGACCAUGAAGGACUGAUCAGCUUCGGGGAAGGCCAUGUGUUCAGUUGAUUCUUCAAUCGGGUUCUUGUUUUUGCCAUGAUCGAUUCCAUUUGUUCGGGACAAUACAAUUUACAAGACGACUCUUGUGUAGCGUCUGUCAAAUGAAAUGUGCAAAUCAAAUGGAACAAAUAGAUAAAUCUGUACUUUUAUUAUGUUACUAUGUUUGUCGGGAUUGUUGUUGAAUACAUCUACACGAGAGUUUACACAUACGACUUAAAGUUGUAUUAGCAGACAUAUGAUAGGGUUAAUAUUAGAUUUUUAAUCUAGUCUCCUCAUAAAUAUAAGAGGACUAUUGUUGUAACCGUCGCAACGAUAUAGAGACGGGCUUGCAUGGGUUGCCAA